AUGUCGGCAAUCCGCAACCUUCAUGUGGAACUUGGCUUUGCUUACCCGACGGGCCCAACAACUCUCCUCGCUAGGGUCCUGCGGGGCAUCGACAGGUCGUCAUCGACACAGCGUCAUCGUCUGCCGAUAACCACUCCACUUCUCAGGGAGAUCUGCCGGCAUGUUGCCGUUCCACGCAUGCGGCACCCUCACGACAAGGCCAUGCUAAGGGCAGCUUUUUCCUUGGCGUUUCAUGGGUUCUUCCGUUGUGGAGAACUGACUGCUGGCCUGAGGCGAUGUGAUGUGACGAUCAGUACUGACCAGCGGUCGUUAUCGGUAAACGUGCGCUCAUCUAAGACGGACCCCGACAGCACGGGCCACACAGUAUUGGUUGGAGCCAGCACGGACGCACUGAUCUGCCCAGUGCAGGCCAUGGCAAACUACCUGGCGUUUCGCCCCGGCGGCGACCAUCUGUUCACUUAUGCUAAUGGCCAGCCGCUUACAAGAAAUGCAGUGUCCUCUGAACUGCGCAACCUGCUGCCACUCUGUGGGGUCACGGACCCGAGUGCAUAUGCCAGUCACUCUUUCCGGAUUGGCGCCGCAACAUCAGCGGCCAUGGCAGGUGUCCCCGAACACAUCAUCCGUAUCAUGGGUAGAUGGCGCAGUGAUGCGUUCCACCGCUACAUCCGGGCUGCUACAGCUGACACCCUGCGAGUGUCACGUCAAUUAGCUGCAGUUCAAAGUCAUCAAUGGUAG